AAUGACUUCCCAAUAUUAGUUUGUGAGAGCGCAAGACUGAAUAGCGGAAGUUUCUCUCUUUCUUUCCAAUCUCGUUCUAAGCAAACACUUCCCUCUAGCAAGCAUUCCACCCAGUGAUCAAAGAGGAGAGAGAGAACUCAAAGUAGAUUAAGAUGCUGAGUGCGUCCACUCCGACUCAGAUGCCCCGCAGCGGAGAGGACAUUUCUGGUUCUGACAGGGGGUCAGAGGUCAGUGUUCCAACUCCAGCCACAGAGACAGACCGCUUCGGCUUCAUCCUGGUGAAUGGAUCCACUGCCGGGAGUGAAGGCCCUGCUCCUGAGCUCGUUAGACAGAGAGAGACUAAGUGGAUCAACAUCAUCAGCCAAUGGGAUCGUGUCUUACUAAAGAAGUCCAGCAAGGUCAAAGAGCAGUGUCAGAAAGGCAUCCCAGCAUCCCUCAGGGCUAAAUGUUGGCCACUGCUGUGUGGCGCCACAGACAGAAUGCACCGCAACAAGGACCUCUACCAGACUCUGGACUCCAGGCCCGCCCUACAGAGCUGUGUGGACGUUAUCGAGAGAGACUUAGACCGCCAGUUCCCCUUCCAUGAGAUGUUCCUCUCCAGAGAUGGCCAUGGGCAGCGUGGUCUGUUCCGCGUGCUGAAGGCCUUUACUCAGCUGAAGCCUGACGAGGGAUACUGUCAGGCCCAGGGACCUGUAGCAGCUGUACUGCUGAUGAACAUGCCUACUGAGGAGGCAUUCUGGUGCCUGGUACAGAUUAGUGAACAGUACCUCCCUGACUACUACAGCCCCCUUCUGGAGGGGGUUCUCUUUGAUGCGGCCAUGCUGACCUGGGUGCUGAAGAAGACAUGUCCCGCAACCCACAAGCAUCUGCAGAGACACGGCGUGGAGCCUCUGAUGUUCGCCACCGAUUGGCUGAUGUGCCUGUUCACACGCCACCUGCCAUUCAACACCCUCCUCCGAGUCUGGGACCUGUUCUUCUGCUACGGAGUACGUGUGUUGUUCCAGGUGGCGGUUGUGUUGGUGCGCAGGGCUCUGGGCCGGGUGGAGCAGAGGGAGGAGUGUGAGGGCCAGAUGGAGACUCUGGAGAGGCUGAGGGGUGUGAGGGAGCAGGUGCAGCAGGAGGACGAUACCUUCAUCGGAGAGGUGUGUUCUGUCCCUCUUUCGGGUAAGGAUCUGGAGAGGCAGACAGAGAAAGAGCUGGAGAAGUGGAGGAAGGAGCGGCCUGCCUCCACUUUUGAUCCCCGGGGUCGUUGCCACGGAUAUCGGAUGGCGUGGGCGAGGGCUCGAGAGAGGGAGGAGAAGAGGAACAGGAAGGAGAGGACGAAAGAAAACCUGUCCAUCCCACCGAUUCGCUCGCCCUCCCUCCUCUCUCUGUCUCCCUCGCUCCUCCGCAAGAGGUGGAAGAGAGGGAGCAAAACAGACACAGGGGAGUGGGAGGGGGGAGGCAGAGAGGUGAGGAAGGUUUCAGAGGAGGCGUGGGAGGAGAGAAGCGAGGGAGGGGAUCUGAGGAGAGGAAGUGAGAAUGAUGGUAGUCCAGUGAGAGCUCAGGGUGUUCCACCUCCUGCUACAGAGGACAGGGAACCAGUGGAACUGAGAGAACCGUUAGAACACAAAGAACCAUCAGAACAGGACAGAACCCAAAAGACCCAGAUGACCCCAGAUUCAGCCGGAGUAGCGUCCCGGCAGCGUGAGCUCACCUCUGACCCUCACGUCACCUCACAGGGCCAGGAGGAGGAGCAGGGUGGUUUCAGCGAGACACAGGCCUCUGAGCAGCACAGCAACAGCCAGUCACAGGAAACUAACCACAGUAAAGGCUCCAUGGAAACACGGGAAGUACUGAGCAAACAGUCAACAGAGAGUGCACGUGUCGUCACAGAGCACAUAGUGACAGAGACAAAGGGUGAGGCAGAGGAACGCAAGGAGACCGAGACACAUGCAGAAGCCAAGACAGAGGAGGAAACAGUGACAGAGAUCCAGAUUCACACAGAAGCCAAGACAGAGGAGGAAACAGUGACCGAGAUCCAGAUUCACACAGAAGCCAAGACAGAGGAGGAAACAGUGACAGAGAUCCAGAUUCACACAGAAGCCAAGACAGAGGAGGAAACAGUGACAGAGAUCCAGAUUCACACAGAAGCCAAGACAGAGGAGGAAACAGUGACAGAGAUCCAGAUUCACACAGAAGCCAAGACAGAGGAGGAAACAGUGACAGAGAUCCAGAUUCACACAGAAGCCAAGACAGAGGAGGAAACAGUGACAGAGAUCCAGAUUCACACAGAAGCCAAGACAGAGGAGGAAACAGUGACAGAGAUCCAGAUUCACACAGAAGCCAAGACAGAGGAGGAAACAGUGACAGAGAUCCAGAUUCACACAGAAGCCAAGACAGAGGAGGAAACAGUGACAGAGAUCCAGAUUCACACAGAAGCCAAGACAGAGGAGGAAACAGUGACAGAGAUCCAGAUUCACACAGAAGCCAAGACAGAGGAGGAAACAGUGACAGAGAUCCAGAUUCACACAGAAGCCAAGACAGAGGAGGAAACAGUGACAGAGAUCCAGAGUCACACAGAAGCCAAGACAGAGGAGGAAACAGUGACAGAGAUCCAGAUUCACACAGAAGCCAAGACAGAGGAGGAAACAGUGACAGAGAUCCAGAGUCACACAGAAGCCAAGACAGAGGAGGAAAUGGAGGCUGAGGUACAGAAAGGACAACACACAGAUAAAAGUGUAGGAACAGAGACAGAUAUGGGGUCAAAAACAGAGACUCAAACAUAUGUUAAUGCAGACACUGAGACAGACACUGAGGCCGACACGCAACAAGAGGCAGAUACAAACUUAGAGGCAGAAACAUACAUUGGGUCACUGAGAGAGAGAGAAAAAGAGACGAACACAGAGACUGAUACCAACAAGGAGAUAGAGGCACGUACAGAGACACAGUCACACAAAGGGGCAGCAAUGGAGACACACACGGACAAAAAAUCUGAGGCAGAGAGACAAACAGAGGUAGAAACUGAGGUAGAGGCACAUACAGAAACAGAGACACAGGGAGAAAAUGAGUCAGUGAUGCACAUAGAGGCAGACUUGGGGUCACAGAUGGAGGCUGAUACACACAUAGAGACAGAGAAAGAGUCAGAGAUAGAGGUAGGGACAGAGACACGCACAAAGGAAACUACUGACACAGGGACAGAGGAAACUACUGACACAGGGACAGAGGAAACCACUGACAUAGGGACAGAGGAAGCCACUGACACAGGGACAGAGGAAGCCACUGACACAGGGAUAGAGGAAACCACUGACACAGGGACAGAGGAAGCCACUGACACAGGGAUAGAGGAAACCACUGACACAGGGACAGAGGAAGCCACUGACACAGGGACAGAGGAAGCCACUGACACAGGGACAGAGGAAACUACUGACACAGGGACAGAGGAAACUACUGACACAGGGACAGAGGAAGCCACUGACAGAGGGACAGAGGAAGCCACUGACACAGGGACAGAGGAAACUACUGACACAGGGACAGAGGAAGCCACUGACACAGGGACAGAGGAAACUACUGACACAGGGACAGAGGAAACUACUGACACAGGGAUAGAGGAAACUACUGACACAGGGACAGAGGAAACCACUGACACAGGGAUAGAGGAAACUACUGACACAGGGACAGAGGAAGCCACUGACACAGGGAUAGAGGAAACCACUGACACAGGGACAGAGGAAACUACUGACACAGGGACAGAGGAAACCACUGACACAGGGAUAGAGGAAACCACUGACACAGGGACAGAGAAAGCCACUGACACAGGGACAGAGGAAACUACUGACACAGGGACAGAGGAAACCACUGACACAGGGAUAGAGGAAACCACUGACACAGGGACAGAGAAAGCCACUGACACAGGGACAGAGGAAACUACUGACACAGGGACAGAGGAAGCCACUGACACAGGGACAGAGGAAACUACUGACACAGGGACAGAGGAAACCACUGACACAGGGACAGAGGAAACCACUGACACAGGGAUAGAGGAAGCCACUGGCACAGGGACAGAGGAAACCACUGACACAGGGAUAGAGGAAACCACUGGCACAGGGACAGAGGAAACUACUGACACAAACACAGGGACAGAGGAAGCCACUGACACAAACACAGGGAUAGAGGAAACCACUGACACAAGCACAGGGAUAGAGGCGGUCAUAGCAUCCCCAAAUGAAAUUUGGACACACACAGAGAAAGCAUCAAAGAUAGAGGUACAAUACACAGAGCCCUCUAGGAUAACACCAGCCAAUCAGAGCCAGGUUUCUCCAGAGUUGACCUCAGGCCAAGACCAAACAGGCCAAGACCAGAAGAUUCCUGAAGAACCCCAGGGUCCAGUCACCAUCCAUCCAGAGGAGAAUCAGGAGACCCAGAAUGUCAGAGAGAGUGAAGGAGAGAAAGAAGAGGAAGCAUUAACAUUUCCCUCUCAGGAAGCCUCAACUGACAUCCUUCCACCAUCACAUCAGGGGGAAUCACUGAAAGCUGACCUCCCUCUCAUACCUGGCAACCCAAAGUCCCAAAGUAAGAGUGAAAAGAGCGAGUCUCCACCUCCUGCAGACUCAAAGGCUGGAUCUGACAACCCAGUAUCCACACACCCGGACGUCUCCUCCCAAAGGACUCAGGCCCGUGAUGGACCCUUGGCAACCACUUCCGGAGACUUCCGGCACUGCAAGUCCUGCAGCUCACGGAAGCUCACUCGGAGGCUCUCUGAGGAUCUCUUCACCGACCCCAACCAAUCACAACCCACUUUCACACACUCUAACCAAUCAAAUGCAGACCUCAUUCAGUUCGACCAACCACAACCUAACACCACAGCUCCAAUUCAGGUACCAAAACACCCAGAAUCACCACGACAUGUCACAGGGAGCAUCCCAGGCACUGUCCCACCUCAGACUGUGUCCAAACCAGGCAGAAGACCAACCGACACCCCCAGGCGAUUUGGUCUCUUCCGCAGGCUCAAAGGGGAGCAGCCCAAACAGGGCAGGGAGAAAGGGGAACCUAAAGUCCCUGUCCCCAAAAUCCUGAUCCAGGACUUUAGUGAUGGGACAGGUGAGGGGCGCACGGUCAGGGGGGAGGAAGAGGAGGAGCUGAGCUCCAGAGAGAGGAGGAGGAGACGGAGGGAACAGGAGAGGAGGGAGAAAGAGGAGGAGAAGUUACGGAAGAAGAGGGAGAAGGAGAUUGAAAAAGAGGAGAAAGAGAGAAAGAGGGAGAGGAGGAAGCCUCAGACGAGAGGGAAGAGUUUUCAGGUGCAACACAGCAAUGUCCCCCUCCCCGGAAACAGCGGCUCACAGACAUUUGGUUCCAAAAGAAACUCUACUCCGUCUAUGGAGACAUACUUUUAACAAGCUAGGAAAGAAAUCGACGUCUAAAAAUAUUUUACAAACCACAAAAAUGACCCAUAAAACAUUUCCUUCAAUUGUAGACUUUUCUGGAAUGUAAAUAAAGCAAUUCGUUUUUCUAAAAUAGUGUUUGUUUUAUUCUAGGGCUUGUGUACAUUGAUCA